AUGCCCUUGUCUGUGUACUUGUCAAGAGACCUAUCAGAAACGCAUGAAGAUGUUAACUUGGCCCUUACAGAACUUGAGCAGAAGCUUUGCAAACAUUUUGUCCGGAUAACCAUUGUUGGAAAGAGAGGAAGGAAAGUUCCUGUUCUCCUCACUCCACUCAUGAGGGAAUCUCUUGAUACUCUGGUUGAGAAGCGAGAAGAAUGUGGGGUACUGACUGAAAAUGGUUUCUUGUUUGCAUUGCCUCAUUCUGUCCACCACCUCAGGGGUUCUGACUGCAUAAGACAAUGCCAGCAUGGCAGAAGGCCAGGGUCGGAAGAUGAGACCAUCAUCACGUCAUUACAAGAAAGGACUUUUGCCCAAAACCAAAGGAGGGAGUUUGCGAAAAAGAGAGUUGCUGGCAUUACAGAGACACAGGAGUCAGAAGAUGCGGACAGUGUGACGCCACUGCCAGACAGCACAUCUGCAGCAUCUGCCCAAAACCAGAGAAGCUCUGCAAAAACUAGAGAUGGCAGUAUACCAGAAGCUCAGGAAUCAGAAGAUGAGGCCAGCACCGCAUCACUACAAGAGAGGACCUCUACAGCGUCUGCCCAAAACCAGACAAGGUUUUCAAAAAAGAGAGGUAAACAAACUGUUGUUAAAAGAACCUGGACACCAGAGGAAUGUGCUGCAGUAGAACGCCAUUUAAAGAAAUUCAUUCUGAUGAACCAAGUCCCAGGGAAGGAGGACUGUCAGCGCUGCAUCUCUGCAGAACCUCAAGCCCUGAAGAGUCGAGACUGGAGGGCAGUGAAGUACUUUGUUAAAAAUCGAAUUGCUUCUCUGCGAAGAAAGUUAGAGUGAAAGUGUUUCUCUGUACAGGGUAAAAGAUAGGCUUGUAGGAGGAAGUGCUAUAAUAUUUGAGAUAGCCCUACUGGAGGCAGAACAGAACACGAAAAUGUUUUUAUAUUCUCUGAAGUCUCAUAUAUAUAAAAUAGAUUCUUGCAUUAUAACGUACACUGAGCUCAGGUGCAUCAACUUCCCACUCAGUCUGACUAUUUAUUUCUGAAAUUAUUCAGUGAAUGUGCUGCAGUAUUCAUAAAUAUAACCACUUUACAUUAAAAUGUUUAUUCCAGAAUCUACUUAAUAUAUCUGAGACUGUAGAGCAUCUGAAAACAUGUUUGUGCUCUGUUUUACCUCCAGUAAGGGCAUCUGAAAUACUAAAGCUGUCAAAGUUGCCAAUGUUAUCAUGUUUUUAUGUUAUUAUAUUUUGUUCUUAUCAACACAAGGAGCUGUCAGACUGCUUUCCUGUAAUCAAAGCUCACAGUAAUAAUCAGCAGUUGAUUCAUGUUCAGCAGGUGAUUGUUUUUUGAUCAUCACUGCCCUGUCUACCCAAUGUGAGGAGAGAAGAUGCAGGAUGUAAACCUCUGAUGCAGCCUUGCAGUAUUUUGUUAAUAAAAAACCUAUAGAAACAACUGAUAUCUCCAUCUAGUUUUUGGUCCCUGCAAAGGUAGAAGGACUAGAAAUAUCUGUGUGUGUGUGGAAGUGGAUCCCACAAGUGACAAAUGCUAGAAACGUGUCCCAUAAGUGACCAAAAAAACUAGCACAGAGAAAA